AAUCCAUGGCGGCGCACAGUGCUGCAGGACUUGCGACGAGACAAGGACUGGGUGGUUUCCUGCAGAGAGUGUGUUGUCUAAGAAGUGGUGGUCUCCCAACAGCCCUACUGUGUCAGCAACAUCGCUGCUUCUUCUGGAGGAAGUGGAAAAGUUCUCACAAUGUAGUUCGUCCAGCUACAGUUAGGCCUGCCUAUGCAGUACCCAAGCACAUUGUGCGACCUGACUAUGUAGCCACUGGACUGGUCCCAGAGUGGCCAGACUACAUAGAGAUCAAAAACCAAGAGCAGAUCGAAGGCCUAGCCCGAGCAUGUCAGUUAGCCAGACAUGUACUUCUACUAGCUUCACACAGUCUGAAGGUUGGUAUGACAACAGAUGAAAUAGACUUCAUUGUGCACCAGGAGACAAUCAAACACAACGCCUACCCAUCCCCUCUCAGAUACGGGGGUUUCCCCAAGUCGGUCUGUACAUCUGUCAACAACGUGGUCUGUCAUGGCAUACCUGACAGUCGGCAACUUCAAGAUGGAGAUAUCAUCAACAUUGAUGUAACUGUGUAUUUGGAUGGUUACCAUGGUGAUACCUCAGAAACCUUCCUGAUUGGCCAGGUGGAUGAGGCUGGGCGGCGAUUGGUGGAGACCGCCAGGCAUUGCCGAGAUGAGGCCAUUGCUGCCUGCAAGCCGGGUGCACAGCUCGGUGUUAUAGGAAAUACUAUUAGUGAAAUAGCCUGUGCCAGUGGCUUCCAAGUAUGUCCUUAUUUCAUCGGACAUGGAAUAGGCUCCCACUUUCACUGCCAUCCUGAGAUCUGGCACCAUGCUAAUGACAAUGACAUGACCAUGGAUGAAGGGAUGGCUUUCACAAUAGAGCCCAUACUGAUGUGGGGGUCUCCAGAGUUCAGAAUCCUGAAGGACAAGUGGACUGCGGUGUCUGCAGAUGAUAAAAGGUCGGCUCAGUUUGAACACACGGUGGUCAUCACAUCUGACGGGGUGGAUAUUCUCACCAAAUUGCCAGAAGAGAGCAAUCUGUGACCUGAAGGAAACUGCUGACCGCUACACCAGCUGUUAGAAAUCUGUUUCUAACAGUUGAUGUAAACUACCUUUUCUUACAAGACAUUUUUACACCUCCCUGAUCUUUUGUUAGCCCAUUAGCACCUUACUGCUUUAACCUUUUUUAAAGACAGCACUUAAAUGUGACCUGUGACAAGCAAGGGACAAUUGUACUGUAAUAGUUAAAUGGGAGUCACAUCAGAAGUCAUGACUGCGGACCUAUCCACCUAAGACUAAUCACCAAGCAAACACUGUAAAACUUUUCAGAUUUUCAAAUAAAAUGACAUUU